AUGCCUUCGUCCGUCCAAGACCCCGACCACGACCAGUCCAUGGUGGACGCUCAGCAAGAGACCGCACAGCCCGAUUACCCAGAGCUGGAAGAGAAGCGAAUCCUAGUGCUCCCCGGCGCCACCGAGACGGCCGCUUCAUUCCAAUUUGAAGGAGAGGGGCAUACACUAGGUAACGCGCUGCGAUACGCCAUCAUGAAGAACCCUGAUGUCGAGUUCUGCGGGUACACCAUCCCCCACCCGUCUGAAUCGAAGAUGAACCUCCGCAUCCAGACAUAUGAUACUACCACUGCAGUCGAGGCGCUGGAAAAGGGCCUUGACUCGCUCAUGGAUCUGUGCGAUGUUGUGACGGAUAAGUUCACCACGGCGCGCGAUGGGUAUAAUGCUUCCGCAGCGGAUCAGAUGACGAAUUAG